AUGCGGGCAUGGCAAGUGCAAUCUCCUGCAGAACCGCUACAAUUGCAGACUGUUCCCUUGCCCGUUCUCACAAAGCCGAAUCAAAUCCUUAUCAAGGUUAAGGCGGCCAGUGUGAACCCAGUCGACACGUUUAUGGUGAAAGGUUACGGUAAUGAUAUCCUUGGGACGUGGAAACAAGUCGCUGAGCGCAACUUAAAUGCUAGUCGAUAUCCUCUAAUUGCUGGGAGAGAUUGUGCUGGUGUUGUGGAAAUGGUCGGUGGUGGAGUAAAAAGCUUUCGUCCUGGAGAUGAGGUGAUGGCUGUGGUACCUGCAAUUUGGCAAGGGUCCCAUGCGGAGUAUGUGGUAACGGAAGAGCCCUGUUGUGCUCAUAAGCCUUCCAAUCUCGAUUUCUCUCAAGCUGCAGCCUUGCCUUAUGUUGCGAACACUGCUUGGGCGGCUCUUGUCUCUGUUGCGAGGAUGAAUCCUAGGAAACCACCUGAGGAAAGAGUCUUGAUUCAUGGUGGGUCCGGAGGUUUGGGGACUAUGGCAAUCCAAAUGCUCAAAGCCUGGGGAGUUCGUAAGGUUGUCGUCACCUGCUCAAGUGAAAGCGCUGAUGCUGUGCGAAAACUUGGUGCUAUUCCUGUGGAUUACCGAGCGACUGAUGUCUGUGAUCAACUGAUAGCCGAAGGACCUUUCGAAGUCAUUCUAGACUGUGUUGACACGGAGCUGGCCAGAUGGAGUGAUACGGUAAUGGGAGUUUGGCGCAACAGCGUUCACGUAAGCGUGGUCAGCCCGAUGAUGAGAGAUACCGAUCGAUAUGGUCUUCUGCUUGGCUUAGGUUCUACUGCAGUAAAACAUUUCUGUAGAAGUUACAAGAGUGCCUUACGAGGACGAUGGUACUCGUAUGCUUUUUUCGUCCCCAGUGAAGAGUGCAUGAAACAACUUUCAGCAUUUGCAAUGGAUGGAAAGAUAGUACCGAUAGUGGAACGGGUGCUGUCUUUUGAAGAACUGCCAUCGGCCUACGAAAAAGUAGAGUAUACAUCCCUGAAAUCGAGGUUGCAAGUGCGUUUGAAUCGUUCGUCAGUUGUAAACACAGUGAUUCUAGUUCAUCUUUUGGAUUGCAUGUUGAUUGUUUAA